CGGAAAGGUUGCAUAAAAUAAUAUCGAUUUCCUCUCAGAUUCUUGCUAAGUGCGAGGUCAUUUCCUCCCACUUACCUAAGUGCCAAACAAGUAAUACUAAAUAUUACUAGUAUUAGGUGAGACGAAAUUUUUCACUACCACUUCAGUCUUUUUUAUUUUAUUUUUGGUCUGUUUGAAAGGCGAUUUUAAACAAGUUGGAGAUUAACAGAAGAGAGCUAGAAGAAUGGAUGUUCUAAUGGACUGGAAAUCCAUGGGAUCUCUAUACGCAUCCCUAAUGUUCAUGAGAACAGCUCUCAGAGACCUCAUACCUCCUGAACUCCACAAAGCUGCAAGAUCCGUAUUCUUUUACUUCUUCUCAAAUCUUCAGACGAAGACAGUCACAGUCCAUAUUAAAGAAUUCGUAGGUCGUUACGACAACGAUAUCUUCAAAUCAGUUCAACGGUAUCUGAGUUCCAAAUGUUUCACUUCUUCCCAGUAUCUGACACUGUCCAAACUGAAGAACUCCAAGAACCACACUUACACUAUGAUCCCGAACCAAAGCAUUGUAGACAUCUUCGAGGGCAUCAAAUUCACCUGGUCUUUCCGCACAGAGGAUAGCGGUGACAGUGGAUCUAACGGUAAGAGCACAAACUACUUCGAGCUCUGUUUCGAAGAGAAAUACAAAGAGUUUGUGAAUUCAUCUUAUCUUAUUCGAAUCGCCGAAGAAGCCAAGCUCAUAAAAUCCAAGAGCAAAGGGAAGAAACUGUACACGAACCAAUCCGGAGAUCGCUGGACGAUGAUUAGUCAGUUCUCACAUCCUUCGACGUUCGAUACGAUCGCCUUAGACCCGGUUCUUAAACAAGACAUUCAGGAUGAUUUGAAGAAAUUUGUUAGCAGAAAAGAGUUUUAUACCCGAGUUGGGAAAGCAUGGAAGAGAGGUUACCUUUUGUAUGGACCUCCGGGAACAGGCAAAACUAGUUUGAUUGCUGCGAUUGCUAAUUACUUGGAAUUUGAUAUCUACGACUUGGAGUUAACUUCUGUGAGGAACAAUCAGGAUUUGAGAGAGCUUCUGAUUUCAACAUCAAGCAAAUCCAUCAUCGUUGUUGAAGAUAUUGAUUGUUCUUUAGAUCUUGAGAACAGAGAAAGCAAGAACAAACAAGGAGGUGGUGAUGGCGAAACUGACACGGAUAUAAACACUAGUAGUCCAAAAACUGGAGUCAGCAGUGUGAGUUUAUCAGGUCUGCUGAAUUUCGUAGACGGGCUCUGGUCUCCUUGUGCUGGGGAGAGACUGAUUAUAUUUACUACAAAUCAUAAAGAGAAACUCGACCCAGCUUUGCUAAGAGCAGGUCGAAUGGAUAAACACAUUUUGCUGUCUUACUGUAAUAUAGAAUCACUCAAGGUUUUGACAAGGAAUUAUUUGAGAAUCCAAGAACACGAGUUAAUGGAUGAAGUUGAAGAGUUGCUGAGUUCAAUUCAGAUAACCACAGCUGAUGUUGCCGAGUGUUUGAUGAGUUUUGAUGAGAAUCCAGACAUGGGUAUGAGAAAUUUGGUUGCUGAAAUGCAUAAGAGACUAUUACAAAACUUGCAGGGGAGUGAAGAAACGAAAAUGCGGCCGAGUAACAAAGAAAAACAGAAGAUGAUGGUAGAAGAUGGCAAUGAGUCGGAUGGUUACGAAUCGGCUGGAUCAAAUGGUGAUGAACCGGAUGAAUUAGAUUGUAGUGACGAAAUGAUGAUGGUGACGACGAACAUGAUGAUGAUUUGAUUGAUGGUUGUUGUUUUUGUCGGUGCUGAUUGUGAUGCGACAUUUUCACCAAAACUCAGUCCAUUCCAAACCAAACACUGUAAUCUGAUAUUCGAAUUGAUAUAAUAAUUGAUCAUCAUCAACAUCUUAAUUUGGUGGGAAUGCUAAAGAUUUUCUAACGAAUAAAAUGACCGUUCUUUUCUUGA